AUGAAGCUAGCCAACUCCUACACAUUCUGUUCUUUUGAUCAUCACAAAAAGCAGAAGAAAAUGGCAGUCUCAGCUCCCAUCAUUGAAGUCCGUCAAACACCAACAUUCACCAGUCUAAUGACCAAGUUUUGCUCUGCAUCUUCCUCCCACAAAUUAAUGCAAGACACAAUCCAUGCCCUGACCAACGAAAUAAUAUCCACGGCAAGAUCCCAUGACAAAAGCCUCAUCGGAUCUCCCACGACAAUGAUACCCAUUCUGCGCGGAGCCCUGCCAAUGUUUGUAGCCGCACAGCGUCUUCUCCCCGCCACCUCCUGCAUCUUGGCCCGCUGCAGCAAGGCAAAGGGGACUCAAAAUGUGGUGGUUGAAUGGCUAGGCCGGCGACCCUUCCCGGCUGAACCCGAUGACGGGAAGAUCGUGAUACUCGAUACGAUUAUUGCUACUGGCGAUACAGUAGUCAAGCUUUGUGAGGAACUGUGGGAGAUGAGUGGGGAGCAGCCUCGUUCUGUGGGGAUACUCUGCUGUUAUGCAGCACCCGAGGCAUUAGCGAGGAUAGUCCAGUGUCCAAUUGUUGAAUAUGUGAUUGUUGGGAAGAUGGCUGAGACUUGUGACAAGAAUGGAUAUCUUGUUCCUUAUACGAAUGGGGAUAUAGGAGAUAAAAUUUACGGGGUGCGGGAUAAGGUGAAGGAAGGAAAGCCGGUUAUUGCGGAGGGAGAGGACGUGCAGAGCGUCCUGCUGGGGAUAGAGGCAUUACUUGUUGACAAUGGGGGAUUGUGGGAAUUGACCGAGGAUGGAUUGGGAAUUCAACGAAAAAUUGAUUUCUCUGGGUUUAGGCAGGCCUGGGGUAAAAAGACAUUUAUGGAGCAGGUUGCAGAGUUCGCGACUAAGCACCGCCAUCAUCCCGAAUGGAAAAAUGUAUGUCGCUCUCAUUCUCUUCCCCAAUUGAGGUAUGCAAUGCUUACUGUUGAAAAAUUUCAGGUUUAUAACAAAGUCUCUAUCCGCUGGACUACUCACCAUCCGAAAGGGUUGACCAACCUGGAUGUUACCAUGGCUAGGCUUUGUGAUAGUUAUGUAACAGAUAUCUGUGGAUAC